AUGCUCGGUGCGGGCAACUCCAUCGGCACGCUCGGCGCUGGCGACUCUGUUGGCAUGGUCGGCACAGGCAACUCUGUUGGCAUGCUCGGCACGGGCGACUCCGUUUGCAUGCUCAGUGGGGGCAACUCAGUAGGCAUGCUUGGAGCGGGCGACUGUGCUGGCGAGUGCAGUGCAAGUGACUGCGGUGGAGCACUUGGCACGGGUGACUCCGUUGGCACGCUCAGCAGGGGCAACUCAGUAGACAUGCUUGGAGUGGGUGACUGUGCUGGCGAGUGUGGUGCAAGCGACUGUGGUGGAGCACUUGGCAUGGGUGACUCCGUUGACAUGCUCAGUGGGGGCAACUCAGUAGGCAUGCUUGGACCGGGCGACUGUGCUGGCGAGUGCGGUGCAAGUGACUGUGGUGGAGCACUUGACAUGGGUGACUCCGUUGGCAUGCUCAGCGGGGGCAACUCAGUAGGCAUGCUUGGAGCCGGCGACUGUGCUGGCGAGUGCGGUGCAAGCGACUGCGGUAGAGCACUUGCCACGGGUGACUGCAUUGGCGUGGGUGACUGCAUUGGCACACUCGGCACAGAUGACAUAUUUAGCACACAGUUUUGGUGCACUGGGCCCAGUAGACAAGUUGUAGCAUGCAGCACAGGUGACAGUGUUGGUAUGCACUGCACGGGCGACAGUACUCGCGCAUGCAACACUGUUGCUGCCCUCUAUGUGGGUGGGCGACAGUGCUGGCACUCUCCGCAGGGGCGGGCGACACUGAUGGCACACUCGGCGAGGGCAGGCGACGACACUGCUGGCACACUCGGCGAGGGCAGGCGACACUGCGGGCACAGUCAGCGAGGACAGGUAACACUGCUGGUACACUCGGCGAGGGCAGGCGACGACACUGCUGGCACACUCAGCGAGGGCAGGCGACGACACUGCUGGCACACUCGGCAAGGGGAAGGGGACACUGCUAGCACAGUCAGCGAGGACAGGGUACAAGGUCCUUCAUCCUUAGCAAAUGUUAUAGAAACGGAUUUGCCAAUAGUUGAAGAAUUGCUUCUUAUGGUCUUGCCUCUAAUUCAAAAGAAAGAUAUAGUGACAUGUCAGGCAAUUAUGUUUCUCAAGAAGCAACAUGGAGCAAUCAAAGCUGUUGCAGAUCAACCUUUAUUUGCAGACCUCAUCACCAGUGGCAGUGCAAAAUGCAAGCUGUCACCUUAA